CAGACAGAGGAGGGGCGGCGGAGUGCAGACACACAAAGGAAAAGGGAGUGAGCAGCCACUGCCAUCAAGGUGAAGUAGACGCAGUCAGUGGGUGAAUGUGAUACAAACUGACAGGCUUGGAAGUGAUUCAAAUGCAUCUCAGAAAGAGUUGAAAAGAAACUAAAUCUUGAAGGCUGUUCUCUUAUUGGAUUUCCACCUCAAGGGGCGAUAUUAUUUGUUAGAGUAAUCCCUCAUCACAGAGCUUCCUACGUCAGAUUCUGUGACACAGCGGGAUGGUGGACCUCUUUAUUGAUCGGGUUCUGGUAAAGAACAACAAGGACCAGGAAGAACUGGACACAGAACGUGAGGUUGAAAUGCGUCUGCAGAACCGGAUCCUGAUGCUCUUCUUUGCGUCUGCUUCGAGUGAGAGCUGCCAGGAGUUUGCCCCCACCCUUCACGACUUCUACAAAAAGUUGACAGAUGAAUUCUAUGUGGAGCGCGCUGCUCAGCUGGUUCUCCUGUACAUUAGCUUGGACGAGUCAGAGGAGCAGCUAGAAGACUUCCUCAAGGAGCUUCCCAAGAAGAGCCUGUUUCUGGCCUACGAGGACCCCUACAGGAGGGAGCUAGAGGCCAUGUUUAAUGUGGAGAAGCUGCCCACAGUGGUGGUCCUGCGCCCCGACUGUUCCAUCCUCAUCCCAAAUGCAGUGGAGGAAAUAGUCAGCCUUGGCCCUGAGUGCUACCAGAACUGGCAGGAAGCAGCGGAGCUCAUCGACAGGAACUUCCUGAUGAAUGAGGACUUUGAACAGAAGUCCAUGCGCAGCUUCACCGACCCUAUAAGAAGACUCAAGUACAAAGUGGAAGAUGAGAAGAAGAAAAUGAAGAAGGAGAAAAGGGAGAAGCGCAACGGGCGGGGUGGAGGCAGAGGUGGAGAUCGAGAUGUGGAGGCAGAUGGAGGAGGAGGGUCGCCAUGGUGAUUGAGACUAACAACAAGAACAUAUUAGUGCUAACUCUCUCCAACUCUUGCCAUGAUUGGUUCUGUAAUUAUCAUGAUGUCACAAAGUUUUCUAUUUAACUUUUGAUUGAUCAAACACAAAGACAAACAACAGGUUUUAAUGCCUGGGUGAUGUGGUUUCAUGACUCGUGUUUUGAGUCCGUCUUGAACUAAGAAGACUUGCAGUUGCAGCUGCUGAGAUCUCACAGACUUGUCUUUUCAUUGUCAAAUUUAUUUUUAACAUCAUCACUGGGAUUUGAAGUUAGUAAAACUUCCUGCUGCAAAUUCAUCCAAUAACUUGACUCCAUUCUAUUUUUACAUUGUUGUAGGAGAGACUGUGGCUGUCUGGAGGAGAGCCAAACGUUCUGCAAUAAAAUCUAGCAACUUGAACUACAAGGUGUUCAUCUAUGAUGAUAAAAACAUGUAAAAAUCUGCAAUGCAGUGAUUACAGAGACAGCUGGGGCUGUGUCAAACUUUUAUUGGAAUCAUAAAGAAAGAUAGUUGAGAGAUGUUAGCAAAGCAAAGUUAUAUAUGUGACUGAUGUUCUCUGGAACCUCUUCAACCUCCACCCAGAGAGAGUAUGUGAGUCUUAGCUAAAUAUUUUAAUCACAUAUGUAUUAACUGCAUAUUUCAGCAUUCUUAUCAGCUAUUUACCACCAUGUUCAGAGUACUUACCAUUUACAUAUGGAAGGAUGGACCAAAUGCAGUAUUGCCUUUGAAUCUGAGAGGAGAUGUUUUCUGACAAAUUAUUGUUUCUUGUCUCUUGUUUUGAUCAUUAUCAUGACUUGAUCUUGAUGUAGGUGGUCUUGACUACAACAUGACAUUUCAAUAUUCAUGGUGGAACUCUUUUUUGAUCAAGCUCUGGUGAAGAACAACAAGGACUUGAACAUAGCAUGAAAUUUUGAUGUGCCUCCAAAAAUGAAACCCUAAUGUUUAACAGAUGGAUUUUUGUACUUUGGUUUUGUUUGGCCAGACAAAACCCACUCCACAGCUGAACAUCAGAAACAAAACAUCUCAUCCUUUUCAUAAAGAAAUGUCAACCUGAGCUGUUAACAGUUUUGCUUUCCAGCGCUAAGUGUCUUUGUAUAUUUACUGCUAACAUAGCUCCACUGAAAGCGGGUGUGUAUAUGCCAACAACCAAUAAAACAUAAUGUAAAACAGUAUUUAAGGGAACACUGACUGCUGCUAACUAUUGCUGACCUCCACUUAGAAUUGGCUGUCUUUUUAUCUUUCAGUGCUGCCAAGUAAACAGUCAAGCCAAGGUUAGUCCUGAGCCAAGUCUAGCUAUUAAAGCUUGUUUUAUGACUCUCAGGAGAUUAUUCCAACCAUUUUCCUAUUUUCAAAGACAGAGCUCUGUGAAGCAUUUUUUACAUGGUAAUUUGUACCAUCCAAUCAAAACACACUGUGCAUAAUCUGAAAUCGAUGAAUUAUUCAACGCCAUUAAAAUAAUUUUGUUAGUGA